AGUGGAGGACCGUGCUAAUUCCCAGCAAGCUCCGGUAUUCACUCUGCUGCGCGUGCAGGCGCUCACCACUUCGGGGAAAUAGGCUUAUUUUUGAAAGAGCUCGAGCACUGUGUCGGUUGUAAAAGCCAUUCGUUUCUGUUGUCUCGGAAAUGCAACAUGCGGCAAUAGUAAAUAGAGUGGUAUUAAUUCGUUUUUUAUAAAAACGUUUCCAAACGCAUAUUUAUGUUCGAUUUGAAGCAGAAUUCUUAAUAAUUUUUGAUGACUUCUUUCAUACGUGCAUAACAGGAUUUACACAUGCAAUGUUGGAAUGCGGAGGAUUCCUCUGACAGUUCUCAGCGCGAGGGAUACGUGAUGGAGCUUUGAUCGGUAAACAUCCACUUGUUUUUUUUGUCGGGAUGUUACCAAUAUUUACACGUUAUAGACACGAUUUAUGAACAAAUGCAAAGAUAAAGAAUAAUUGCAAAUACCAAGCGCGAGUUCUUUUUUUGAACGACAGGUGAGGGUGUACUGCCUGCUGCCACUUCUGAAUGGUUGACGUAGACAACAUCGCAUUUUCAUUUGAUUCAUUCAACUUUUUGAUCCGAGGUGCCACCUUUAUUUCCGUAUCAUGUAUUCACAUUUCAAUACAAUUCCGCAAUUGAGACUCGGUUAGUUUAGCAUAAACAUCCAGCUUACUGCCCUCCUGUUAUAUCUGACCGAGGAGAAAGCACAGACCGCGCUGGGAGACAUGGCUAAAAACCUGUCGGAGGGACCCAAGGAGCCAGACCUGAAUCAGCUACCGGAUGAAGAGCUGCUGCGAUGCGGCAAGGAGGAGCUGGUCAAGCGCCUACGGAGGCUGGACAACGAGAAGAUGAACCUAAUGAUCGACCACGGCAACAUGAUGAAAGACGUUAACCGGAGGCUGCAGGUGCACCUGCACGAGAUCCGCAACCUGAAGGAGAUCAACCAGAAGCUCCAGGACGACAACAACGAGCUGCGCGAGCUCUGCUGCUUCCUGGAUGACGACCGGCAGAAGGGCAAGAAGCUGUCCCGGGAGUGGCAGCGGUUUGGCCGGUACUCCGCAAGUGCCAUGUGGAAGGAGGUGGGUACCUACCAGCUAAAGCUCAAAGAGCUCGAGACCAACCAGGAGAGGGUGGUACGGGAGAACAUGGACCUGAAGGAGAUCAUCCUCAUGCUGGAUGAGGAGAGGAACGGAGUCGGUUCCCGGAGCUCCAUAGACUCCCAGUCCAGCCUCACCAACCUGAAUGGCGGGACUGGGACAGUUCGGGAUGUCGGGGAUGGCAGUAGUACCUCCAGCACUGGGAGCGCAGGUAGUCCCGACCACCACCACAACCACAACAGCCACAACCACAUACACAAGCUGCCCGCGGAAAGGGAGGGCAAGCUGGGAGGCACCUUCCAGAGGAGGUCCAUGGAUGACCUGUCAGCACCACACCAUCACAGGAGCAUCCCUAAUGGACUCUGUGACUCCUCCUCCUCUAACUACAUCAGAGAGCUGGAGAUCAAGAUGAGGAUAUUGGAAGACGACAACAACAAGCUUUUAACUCAGCAGUGUAACCCAGGGGACCUGCGUGUCCUGAGGAAGGGGAUGACCCUGUACCACUCUGAGUCUCAGCUGUCAUCCCUGCCACGACGCCAAGAUGCACUGCACAACGGCACGGUUGGUCGCCUCCCCACCAGUGAGUCAACCCCGGUAACAGGCUACCUGCCCUGUGUUCAGAAACCAGAGUCUGUCGUCCACGCUAUGAAGGUGUUGGAGGUGCAUGAGAACCUGGAUAAGAGGCAGGACCCAGAGGACUACGAGGAGGAUCUGAGUGAGAAGGAGAAGGCCAUCGUCAGAGAGAUGUGUAAUGUGGUGUGGAGAAAGCUGGGCGACGCAGCAGGAGCUAAGCCGUCCAUCAGACAGCAUCUCUCUGGCAACCAGUUCAAAGGCCCUCUGUAGUCCACAGCAACCAGAGAGGAAGACUAACUAUGCUCACCUGACACCACCUCCACUCCUACUGCUUACACUACUCAUAACACCCUGUUCCCACUACAGUUCCCAUCACCCACUAUUCCCCUGGGAUAUGGCUUUUGUCCAGAUGGGAUGCAGCUUUUGUCAGGAUAGAACCUCCGCAGCAGGAUAGAACCUCCGCAGCAGGAUAAUUAACGUAGCAUGUUAGGAGAAUUACGUUUAGGUUAGCUAAAAUGCAACAAAUCCACUUUUGGCGUUAAUUUGACAAACUGUAUCCCUUCUAGAUAUGACCUGGUAUAUGUGACCUGGACAUUAUACGACCCAGGAAAGGCACAGAAUGGAUAUCUGUCUCUCACCUCGCCAACUCCCCAUACAUACAUUUAUUUUGAACUUCCAGUGUUGAUAACUGGCAGCUACUUUCACUGAUUUGCCAUGUUCCUCGUAUCAUUGAUUUGGGGACAGUUUACGUAGAUACAUACAAGAUGAUUUCAUCAUCUUCUCCUGGGCCUGGUUUAUCGAUAGAGAUGGAACUUCGGCUUACGACUGUUUUAACCAUACGUCUUUCCUACAAAGGCCCAAGAUGUAACAUGUGUCUUUCCUACAAAGGCCCAAGAUGUAACAUGCGUCUUUCCUACAAAGGCCCAAGAUGUAACAUGCGUCUUUCCUACAAAGGCCCAAGAUGUAACAUGCGUCUUUCCUACAAAGGCCCAAGAUGUAACAUGCGUCUUUCCUACAAAGGCCCAAGAUGUAACAUGCGUCUUUCCUACAAAGGCCCAAGAUGUAACAUGUGUCUUUCCUACAAAGGCCAAGAUGUAACAUGUGUCUUUCCUACAAAGGCCCAAGAUGUAACAUGCGUCUUUCCUACAAAGGCCCAAGAUGUAACAUGUGUCUUUCCUACAAAGGCCCAAGAUGUAACAUGUGUCUUUCCUACAAAGGCCCAAGAUGUAACAUGUGUCUUUCCUACAAAGGCCCAAGAUGUAACAUGCGUCUUUCCUACAAAGGCCCAAGAUGUAACAUGCGUUUCCCAAAACGCCACACAGAGGGAACAUUCGCUAAGUGCCUUCGUUGGAGCAUGUUUCACACGGCGGUAGGAUCGAACGAAAGGCAUCGCUGCUCUCGGAUCAGCUUUCUUCCAUUCAAAUCUUACCUUAACAUUAGAAUUAUUCCACAAUACUGACGAUGGAUCAGCUACCUAGAGAGAUAUUAUCACCUACGGCUGCAAAUAUUGAGGCGGCUUAAUCUAACGCCUACCCUAUAACAAGAAGCUUUAUCAAGAUGUGGAACAUCACUGUGCACAUGUUAGGCUACACAUCAUUAAAUAGGAGGCACAAAUUGCAGACAGGAGCCAAACAGUAAAAUAAAAUCUAAAUUGAAUGAACAUGAAAUUGCUUUCAGUAUCGUUGAAAUACAAUAUAUAGUAUAUUCUGUAGGUGGGCUAUUUAUCUUUUAAUGCAGUCGUCUCAUUUCAUUUGAAGCAUAUUUUUCCUUCACUUGUUUGUAUUAAUUGGCAGAGACAUUGGCAACUUUGUAUUUGUAGUCAACUUGGUUCUGAACUUUUCAGCGGUCACAGAGAGAGAUGGAUAAACAUCUUGAUUCUUUGUUUAGUGGAGGUUUUCUGUGUAUAAAGUGACGCGGUAGGAAUCUAACGAUGUACUUUGCUGUUCACACGCCGAGCAUACGGAUGCAGUCAGUAAAUAACAAGCGUUUUUCAAGUACAAUUUUAGUAAUGUUGGUUUUGGGAAAACAGCUCUUGAGAUUUAACGAUGCUCCUACAAAGUUACUAACGAUGAAAUGAGCCUUUAGAUGCUCUUGGGAACCUGGGCCCUUUUGUUUUAUGCUGAAUAGAAACCCAGAUGAGCUCUAUAAGAUGUCCCCUAGAAUAGGACCAGUGUCACGUUAAACCAGUAGCGCUGCAUGGUUACUAUAGCAGGGCUUCAGGUAGAGCUGCAUGGUUACUAUAGCAGGGCUUCAGGUAGAGCUGCAUGGUUACUAUAGCAGGGCUUCAGGUAGAGCUGCAUGGUUACUGUAGCAGGGCUUCAGGUAGAGCUGCAUGGUUACUGUAGCAGGGCUUCAGGUAGCGCUGCAUGGUUACUAUAGCAGGGCUUCAGGUAGAGCUGCAUGGUUACUGUAGCAGGGCUUCAGGUAGAGCUGCAUGGUUACUAUAGCAGGGCUUCAGGUAGAGCUGCAUGGUUACUAUAGCAGGGCUUCAGGUAGAGCUGCAUGGUUACUAUAGCAGGGCUUCAGGUAGAGCUGCAUGGUUACUGUAGCAGGACUUCAGGUAGCGCUGCAUGGUUACUAUAGCAGGGCUUCAGGUAGCGCUGCAUGGUUACUGUAGCAGGACUUCAGGUAGCGCUGCAUGGUUACUAUAGCAGGGCUUCAGGUAGAGCUGCAUGGUUACUAUAGCAGGGCUUCAGGUAGAGCUGCAUGGUUACUGUAGCAGGACUUCAGGUAGAGCUGCAUGGUUACUGUAGCAGGGCUUCAGGUAGAGCUGUAUGGUUACUAUAGCAGGGCUUCAGGUAGAGCUGCAUGGUUACUGUAGCAGGGCUUCAGGUAGAGCUGCAUGGUUACUGUAGCAGGGCUUCAGGUAGAGCUGCAUGGUUACUAUAGCAGGGCUUCAGGUAGAGCUGCAUGGUUACUGUAGCAGGGCUUCAGGUAGAGCUGCAUGGUUACUAUAGCAGGGCUUCAGGUAGAGCUGCAUGGUUACUGUAGCAGGGCUUCAGGUAGAGCUGCAUGGUUACUAUAGCAGGGCUUCAGGUAGAGCUGCAUGGUUACUAUAGCAGGGCUUCAGGUAGAGCUGCAUGGUUACUAUAGCAGGGCUUCAGGUAGAGCUGCAUGGUUACUAUAGCAGGGCUUCAGGUAGAGCUGCAUGGUUACUAUAGCAGGGCUUCAGGUAGAGCUGUAUGGUUACUAUAGCAGGGCUUCAGGUAGAGCUGCAUGGUUACUAUAGCAGGGCUUCAGGUAGAGCUGCAUGGUUACUAUAGCAGGGCUUCAGGUAGAGCUGCAUGGUUACUGUAGCAGGGCUUCAGGUAGAGCUGUAUGGUUACUAUAGCAGGGCUUCAGGUAGAGCUGCAUGGUUACUAUAGCAGGGCUUCAGGUAGAGCUGCAUGGUUACUGUAGCAGGGCUUCAGGUAGAGCUGUAUGGUUACUAUAGCAGAGCUUCAGGUAGAGCUGCAUGGUUACUAUAGCAGGGCUUCAGGUAGAGCUGCAUGGUUACUGUAGCAGGGCUUCAGGUAGAGCUACAUGGUUACUAUAGCAGGGCUUCAGGUAGAGCUGUAUGGUUACUAUAGCAGGGCUUCAGGUAGCGCUGCAUGGUUACUGUAGCAGGGCUUCAGGUAGAGCUGUAUGGUUACUGUAGCAGGGCUUCAGGUAGAGCUGCAUGGUUACUAUAGCAGGGCUUCAGGUAGAGCUGCAUGGUUACUAUAGCAGGGCUUCAGGUAGAGCUGCAUGGUUACUGUAGCAGGGCUUCAGGUAGAGCUGCAUGGUUACUGUAGCAGGGCUUCAGGUAGCGCUGCAUGGUUACUAUAGCAGGGCUUCAGGUAGAGCUGCAUGGUUACUGUAGCAGGGCUUCAGGUAGAGCUGCAUGGUUACUAUAGCAGGGCUUCAGGUAGAGCUGCAUGGUUACUAUAGCAGGGCUUCAGGUAGAGCUGCAUGGUUACUAUAGCAGGGCUUCAGGUAGAGCUGCAUGGUUACUGUAGCAGGACUUCAGGUAGAGCUGUAUGGUUACUGUAGCAGGGCUUCAGGUAGAGCUGCAUGGUUACUAUAGCAGGGCUUCAGGCCGGGGCAACGUGUAUGUGUGUGAUUUUAAAAAAUCCCCAAACGUCCCCAAAAGUAACGAUGUGAUAACAUCAGAUAUGGUUUGGUAGUACGUUUUGGGUUACAAGUGUCUCAUAUGCACAGAUCUAGGAUCAGUUUCACUCUCCUUCAACCCCAAUCUUGAGCAUUUAGAGGUCACAUACAGAACUGACUGUGGAUCAGUGUCUAGGAACAAUGUCAUCCCACUCCUUCAUAGUACUUCCCAUAAAAACCCAGCUUCUCUGUCAGUUUUGUCUCUCUGGUUGAUUAGCAUAAUUAGCAUUAGCUAAUGCUAGCAUUAGAAUCAUUAGCGUCCAAAGUGUUAAUUUGUGUUACCCACUGUGACGUACAUACCUAGCUCCCUGUGCUCAUAAGAGAUGUCUAUAAUUAACACAAAACUAUAGAGGUCACUUUUAAAACUUGUGUAAAAUAUGUAUAAAGACAUAGCAUUACUGUUUAUCGUUUAUUUAGACUUUUUGUUCUGUUAUUCUUUUAGGUUGACCAUGUGAUGAAAUUGACUGUUUUAUGUUUUACAAAAGCACUCAGUCGAACCGUAAAUAGGGCUGUUUCUAUGGUAACCACUCAUAUUUUUACUGUAUUUUGGUUUAACAAAUUAUUAUUUUAUCUCUUCAAACGCAUCAAGGCCAUUUGGAAUCAAAACUGUCCGAGGCAAGAGUCAAUGGAGCGAUUUUAUUUUUUGAGGAAAAUGUUUUUAAAAAAAAAAUGUUUUAACUAAAAUGUACACCGUCGUGUAAGACAAUCAUAUUUCUCAGGUUGGGAAAUAACGAGAGCUUUACCCCAACUCUUCUUCUGUGACUCUGAAGACGGUUUGUAGUCUUUCUUUCUGUUGGUCAGGCUGUAUACUGUAGUUCUCUGUAAAGAGGCUGAGGACACCUGCGGAACACAUUUGCUGCAUUCAUUUCGUAUGAAAUAAUGUUUCAGAAAUAUUCUGUGAAAUUUAAAAGGCUUUCAUGCUACUAUCAUAAAGGGAAGAUCAGACUAAUUUGGCUAUCUACUGUAAUAACUACUAAUCAAACUACUGUACAACACCAUGUUUAUUGAAAGCUACAAAAUAAAUGGAAUGGUUUAUAUUUUUUAAUUAGCAUAAUAUUAAUUCCGCUUUUUAGCCAUGGUGAAUCCAGGAGAUGAGUUUCAGCAGUGAACUGUGCAUGUUUUGUAAAAUGAUUUUCUGUUGGAAUGUGAGAAAGAGCAAGUCUUCCCUUAGAUGUUUUUCGAUACAUUUUAACAAGUUAUUCCUUGACGAAGUCAGAUGAAAUAAGUACUGUUAUGAUCAAACUGUUCUUUGCCAUGUGUUUAGAUAAGAGCUCACCCAUUAUAGGGCUGCCAUGUGAUUGGCCCGUUUAUGAUUUUAACCUAUCGGGAGAUUUUGAUUGGUAUCCAAGUCUUUUGAUUGGGUAAUUGGUUAAUAAGUCACUGAUUGACAGCUCAACCUCUCCUGACACUAGUAUUUCUUGCUCCUAAUUAGAACAUCAUUGAGGCUUCAGACUGUACAAUCUCACAGUUCUGCCUCGGUUCUCGCUAAUGGGGGUCUAGUACAAAAAAUAAAAUCAAAGAAUAGAUUUUUUUUGAAGUGUCAUUUUUUUCUAGAACAACUGAUUUGUAGCUAUGAGAGGAGAUGAUUUGUCAUAUUUUUCAGUCUGGCAUUUUGUGUUUUUCUCUGCAUGGGAGUUUGAUUUGGAACCUGUGUGUUAAAACAACUUCUGUGUAUAUGCUAAACCAGAAGACAUGAUGAACCUAGUAUGCAUAUGAAAUAUCACCCUAUUCCCUAGUGCAGGACUUUCCCAAACUCCAACCGGGUGCACAGUUUGAUGUUUACAGUAGCAGUACACAGCUGAUUCAAAUAACCAACUCAUCAUCAAUUAUUUGAAUCAGCUGUGUAGUGCUAUGGCAAAAACCAAAACGUGUACCAGGGGGGCCCCGGGACCGAGUUUGGGAAACCCUGCCCUAGUGCAUUACUUUUGACCACAGCGUUGUGCUGAACCUAGACAAAAGUAAUGCACUAUAUAGGGAACAGGGUGCCAUUUCAGACACAAACCUAGUGUUAAUGCGAACUACUCCUGUAGUUACUAGCAUUACUGUAAAGUAAGUGUUUUUUCAUGAAUUUUAGCUGAGACCAGACAGAUACUCUAAAAGGAUGAAUAAAUGCACUAGGCCACGGAGAUGAUUUUGGGAAGAAAAAUAAAUAAACUUUCUUUGUA